UGACUGCAUUUGAGUCUGUUUAUAAGAGUAAAAUUUAAAGAUCAAGUUUAAAAAGUGUCAAUUUUACGACAUAAAAAGAAGUGAAUGAGUCCCGUGUUUGCCAUGCCGUGUGUUAUCUCUGUGUUUCUGGUGUCCGGGGGUGAUACAGUUAAACCACGCGCCCCCAAACAGAAAGUAAAAGUGAAAAUGAACCAGCUCUCUGUAGCUCUGAGCUAAAUGUCGACUGAGGGACACACACGGUAUAAGUGAUGUUUGAUGGACUUCAGGGGACCUGGAUGCUGCUGAGGUCCCUCUGUACUCUCACUAUCUGAUCCGAUUAAACCUCCUACAGUCUCAUCAUCCAACAAAGGAAAAUGGAUCCAGUGUCAGCAUGUGGAUUGUUCAUUAUUGUGUUCGACGCGGUGCUUUGUUUGGCGCUGUGGGCCGGACUGGUGGUGCUGAAGUGCUCCAGCUGUGGUGGACUGGCAGGCGUGUGGGCCUUUGGAGCAGCAAAGUGGGCCGUUCUCCAUGUUUUCACAUCCGUGCUGACGGAUGGGAAGCCCCAGGCGGUGCUCCGCAGGUUGGUGGCGCUCCUCUGCCUCCUCUCUCCUGUGUUUGAAAGCGGACGGGUCUUUAUGGCGCCUCCCUCGGAGGCGUAUACAGGACCGUCUCCUAACCUCAGCAUGCUGCUCCUGGGCCUCGUGUCCUCAUCCCUGGCCUGUGUGGUUUGGGAAAAAACACUCUGUGGUGAUUCAACGAAGACAAAGGACAGCACUGAACAGGAUGCCUGGCCACUGCUUAUGAGGAUGCUGAAAUACUUCAAACCAGACACCUUCUACCUUAUUGCAGCUUUCGGUUUCCUCAUCUUAGGUGUCAUCUGUGAUACAUACAUCCCACUGUAUCAGGGCAACGUCAUUGAUAUGCUCAGAGGUGAACUACUUCAGACCAGCUUCUUUUAUGCAGUUGGACAGCUGGCACUUGUCUCUCUUGGAAGCGCUCUGUUCUCCGGCUUUAGAGGAGGCAUAUUCAUGUGCACCCUGACCAGACUGAACAGGAGACUGAAACAUCUGCUGUUUCACACCCUCCUGCAGCAGGACAUGCACUUCUUUGAGGAGAACAAUCCUGGACGUCUGUCCUCCCGCCUGCACUCGGAUGUGGACAGGAUGGGCCGCACAGUUGCACUGAACGCCAACGUGCUGGUCCGCAGCACAGUCAAAACCGGCCUCAUGCUCACGGUGAUGCUAGGCCUGUCCUGGGAGCUCACUGUGCUCACCUGCAUAGAGAUGCCACUUCUGGCCUUCCUGCAGAACAAAUACAUCACCUUGUCCAAGGAGCUGAAAGAUCAGAUGCAGGACUGCCACGCUCAGAACAAAGACCUGGCCUUCCAGACCUUCAGCGGGAUUCACACGGUCCGAAGCUUUAAGGCAGAGAAAGACGAACUGAGAAGGUUUAAGGAGUCUCUGGACCGCAUGUGCGCCGUGCAGAGACGUUCAAACAUCUACAGCUCAGUCUUCUGCUUAAUGCGCAGGUUGGUGAGUCUGGGGAUAAAGAUACUGAUGCUGGUCCAGGCCCGAGGGCUCAUCCUGGCGGGUCACCUUAGCAUUGGUAGUCUCGUCUCCUUCUUCUUGUACCAGAAGCCCAUGUCAGUCAAUUUAAAGGAGCUUCUGUAUUGCUGCGGAGACACGAUGUCCACCGUCGGAGUCAUCUCCAAAGUGUUCAGUUAUCUUGACAGAACACCACAGUGCGAGAAGACGGGAGAGUUAGCUCCUGAGAAGCUGGAGGGAAGAGUUGUUUUCCAAAAUGUCACCUUCACGUAUCCCUCAGCUUCUGAAGACAAACCAGCUCUGAAGUCGGUUUCUAUAGAACUUCGGCCGGGACGGAUGACCGCCCUGGUGGGUCCCUCCGGCAGUGGGAAGUCUUCCUGUGUCAGCCUCCUGAAGAGGCUGUAUGAACCUCAGGGGGGGCAGAUCCUGCUGGACGGAGAACCGCUGCACCAUUACAACCACAAAUACCUUCACCAAAAGAUGGCCCUGGUAUCCCAGAAUCCCGUGCUGUUUUCUGGUUCGCUGAAAUACAACAUCACGUACGGCCUGAAGGACUGCCCCGUUGAGAAGGUGAAGGAAGCGGCAAAGAAGGCCAACGCUGACGUCUUCAUCUCUAAACUGGAGGAGAAAUAUGACACAGAUGUAGGUGAGUGUGGAGGCAAACUUUCAGAGGGACAGAGGCAGAGCAUCGCCAUCGUCAGGGCUCUGGUUCGAGAGCCGCAGGUCGUCAUUCUGGAUGAGGCUACCAGCAAACUGGAUGUAGAAGUGCAGCACGCCGUGCUGCAGGAGGUUCUGGCCCGGGGGCGGACCGUCCUGGUGGUGACUCACCAGCUGCAGACUGUGGAGAAGGCGGAUCACAUCGUCUUCUUAGAGAAGGGAGCCGUCGUGGAGGAGGGGACGCACCAGGAACUCAUGGCCAAGAGAGGACGCUACCAUCGUCUGAAAGAGGAACUCUUCUCUGAACUCAGCUGAGAAGAGAUCAGUAAAUGUAGUUUUACUGUUUCUACAUGAAUGUUAGAUGCAACAAAUGUUCCUGACCUGGUAACCUGUCGAUUCAUCCGGGGCAGGAAGUAGCGGGUGUGUUCUGCAUGUUAUGUAAAUAUGAGCAUAAAUUAUGUUUAUGUCUUAAAAGGAUUUAACUUUGUUGUUUGAUGUCGUCACGCAGACAAAGGUGACUUUAUAAAUUAUAAUAUAAAAGUGGGAAAAAAUUACCUUUUACACUCUGUUAGUAAUCACUACACACAGGCCUGAAAUACACACAUGCUCAGGACCUGUUCAUGCACAAAUGGAGAGAUG